AUUAAAGUUCUUUAGAGCAACAAUAUCCUGUCCGCAAUCGACGUUUCGUUCGAAAAAUAAUAUAACCAAAUGUAUAGAUAACGAUUUCAUUUGUUUGCGAUUUGGAGAAUAUUUAACAUAAUACAACAUGAAUUAUUUGUUUGUUUCUCACGAAGUCUGAGUUUGUUCUGUCAUACUUUCUGCAAUCUGAACUUACGGUAGAGAAUAUUUGCAUGAGAAACAUUGCAUAUAGCUUGGUCCAGAAUCUGCACAGAAACUACCAGUGAACAUCCAGAACUCGGUUGAUUUUUACAGCAUCUGUCUCCGUGCCUCAAUUUUUAAAAUUAGCAACAACAUAUGCUAUUGUCAGAUGUAUUUUUCCUAUAUGCUUGAUGAAUGUUUUGUUAUACUAGGGUGGCAGUACCGCCUCAAUCAAACACGUGAAAGAAAAAAUAAUUUUCCUUUACAAAAGAUCUGUUUAUAUAACAUUCAAUAUGUCUUCAGAAAGUGAUUCAGAUAUCUUUUUUGAUGCUGAAGACACUACACCUGUUCAUAUUGCUAAGUCAGCUUACAAAGAUGAAAAAAUGAAAGAUAUGACUGAUGUUUUACAAGAGGAUUCUGCCAUCAACAGUAAUGCUUUGAAACUUGUAGUUAUGGAUGUUAACGAAGAAGAUUUAAAGGAAGCUGCAAGGAAGGCAAAAGAUAGUGAACUAAGACGUAAAAAAGUUGAAGAACUGAGGAAAAUGGUUUUGAAUGAUGAUGAUGAAGUGUUACAAAAUCACUCAGAAGAAAGCAGCAUUGCCUCAUCUUCUGUGGAAGGUGUAUAUCCCAAAGGCAAUCCACAGUGUUUAUUAAAACAUUCUGAACAGAAUUCGAAUGAAACAUGUAGUAUCAUUAGUUUAGGGAAAAUUGGCAGCAUUCUUGGUGGUAGAGACAUUCAGAGCGGUGCUAAAGAUAUCGAUGCUGUUUCAGUGGAUUCUAAAUAUUCUAUUAGUGAAGUGGAAAGCUUAAAAGAAUUUGUUCCUCCAAAAUCUCAGUGUUCAGAGCCAGAUGUUGUUGCUAGCACAAAAAAUGAACAAGUUCAACAUCCUGUGGCACCACCUCGAAGAAAGAAGCGAAAUAAAAACAGUCAGUCAGUUUCUUCCAAUGUUAAAACAAAUUCUAGCAUCGAACAUCCAAGUCCAGCUGAUCCAAUCGAAAGCAUAACAAGAGAGCUUGAGUAUUCCUUAGAUUUGCAUAGUGCAACACGAGGGCAGUAUUGUGUUAAACCUCAGGAUAGAGAACAAGAUCGAGCAGAAGGACCAAAUAAUGAUAAUGGUAAAAUUCAGAUGUCUUUGCCAAUACGAUCUCAAAGUUACAACAAUGUUUCUUCCAAAAGUGCCUCUGAUGCAUCUGAAACAGCAAAAGGGUCUUCCUCCGAAGAAGUUUUGCAACCUUACAUGGUUAGAACACGCUCAGAUUCUGGCCGUCCAUUAACUGACCAGGUGUUUUUUUUUAUCAUUAAACUCUGUUUUAAAAAUUUUUGGUAUAUACUAAUUAAUAUUACUGGGUUUCAAUUCAAGGGAGGGAUAUGCAGAUCCAGUUUGGGGCUGUGUUCAUUAUUGAUGUUCAGCCAGCUCAGACUAGUGUGGCAAAACAACUUCAUAAAAUAAUUUUAGUUCUGCAAA